GUAGGGCCAUUCUUAGUGACAAACAGAAGAAGUGCAUGCGUGAUGUGCUGGUGAAGGAUGCGGCGCUGAAAGCUCAGCUGAAGAACUGUCAACAGCGGAAGCUUCAGUCGGAUCGGCGGCUAGCGGAAGUGAGGAGGGAGCUGCAGAAGUUGGACUCUCAGCUGAAACAGAUCCAGGACUGCCACAACCGAGAGCCGGAGCAGACACUCACGCAUCUGCAGGAGCAGCUCUUCAAACUGGUGAUGACAUCCAAGAAGACCCUGGAGGAGCAGGCUCUGAAGAUCCGGGAGGAGAACCAGAUCCUCCGCUGUGAGGUGGAGGACCUCCAGGCUAAGCUCUCCUCAUGAAGGUGCAAGACGUACUAGUCGGAGACCCGACAAACCUUGGUGGACCCACUUGAAAGAGAUGCUGGAGUACAUGAAGUGGCAUCUUGUCCUCUCAGAGUGGAUAGCUGAGAAAACGCUGCUUUCGUGUCCAUAGGAGACACGUUUCUUGCCAAAGUCCACACCAACCACUCCUUGAUGUAAUUUCCAUCAAUAUGUUUUAGUGCGCAUGUGCCACAUACAGGCCUGGCAGGUGAACUACAUUGUUUUCAGUGGGACAAAUUUUUUCCUGCCACUACUCUGGUCAAAAGAUGGGCUAGGACGAGGUGCGCUCACGUGAAGGCUCAAGACAAGGCUUCAAUCUCCUCUGUGGACAAACUUGAAAAAUCUUCCAGCGAACUAUACCCUAACCAUCAUUUUCAUACGCAGGUUUGGGUCGCUCGGUGAACUGUAGCUAGUGCUUCUAAAAGACUGACAGAACAUUUGAAAAGAAGAAUGUAAUGUUAACGUUUGAAUUUCAUCAUCAUAUGUUGUUGUUUGGUAUAUUAUGAGCUGCAUUUUUAUGCUGUUGUUCAGAUCUUAUUUUUUCUUCUUAUCUUAUUUACAUCUUGUAUGUCGCCUCGGACACAAUAAAAUUGAAUGCGUCCAUUGGAAUGGUAUCUACGAACGACUGUGUAAUAAUGGCGAAGUGCACCCUCCGGAGCUGAAGGUGGCGCUACCUUCCACCGUCGUGCCCAGCAGAAGGGCCACUCACGGAAAGACUUCAGAGGUAAACAGGUCGACGCUACAGAGCUACAUGCUAACACCCAGAAAUGUGAGUAGUUCUGCGUCUGGCUUUAACUUAACUUUUGUUUAAGUGCGAAAGCAAGUGCAGCUAAAAGGCUCGAGUGUUAGCCGCCCACCAUGGAGGCGAGAUUCAGCAGCGAAGUGGCCUCGCUCGUCGAGGUAGCUUUCCAGGGAACAGUGACCGUGUUCAGGGAAGUGUGUGCGGGAGAGCCGCAGGAGAUGAAGCUCGAGGAGAUCCGCGAGAUCCAAAGCCGUCUGGUUCUUCAGAUCCACAGCCUUUUCUCCGAGCUUUCCUCUGAGCUCUUGGAGGAGAAUGAAGCGCUGAGGGCUAAGGUGGAGCAGCUGGAGGACGUGAUGGAGAGGAAAGCCGGGCAGCUGGAGCAGGAGUUGGAAGCCAGAGUGGGUCAACUGGGCCGAGACAUGGAGCUGCUGGAGAAGCAGCUGAAAUGCAUCAGUGAUGGAGAAAAGGCUCAUUCUGUCCAGAGACAAGUUCAGCAGCAGACUAAAGGGGGCCAAGCCACUGCCCCGACAACAUCUAGAGGAGGUGAAGAUACCCCCCAUGCUACCGCUGCUCGUGAGGACACCGCAGGCACCCCAGGAUCUCCGCAGCUCAUCCAGCUGGCAGCAGCCUCUCCAGAUUCCUCUCCUCAACACGACUCUGGCUCCAUCAGUAGCCAGGAUGCAGCUCAGGUCCCAGCUAGCCAGGGCUCCACACGCAGAAGGAGGCGGACGUUGCAAGCAGUCUCCAAAAAGGACCCAACUGCUGAAGACGGAAGUCCUGAAGAGGUGAAGCCAGAGGAGGAGGGACGGAAGCUGAGAAAAAAGGAGCCGAGGACUGUGAAAAGGUUUUUCUGCGAUGAGUGCAACGCCAGUUUUCACUUGAAAGGGGAGUUGAACAAGCACAUAAAGGUCCACAAGACGCCAUUCCCAUGCGAACUCUGUGACAAAAGCUUCCUGGAGGAGAAGUCACUGGAGAGGCACCUUCAGUGUCACGAAGAGGACAAAGAUGACAAAGGUCCUCUGCCCUUCCCGUGUACGCAGUGUAAGAAAUCCUACCGCAGUGAAGAGUCUCUACAGAACCACCUGAAGCGACACCAGCAGCUCAAAGAGCCCAAGCCGUUCGCCUGCACCAAGUGCGGCAAAACCUUCAGGAUCAAGCAAUCGCUGGAAAAUCACCUGAUGCGUCACGAGAAAUGGAAUCAAAUGGUGAAGUGCCAAAUUUGUGACAAGGUAUGCCGGACGAUGGUGCAGCUGCGGUGUCACAUGGUGGUGCACUCUGAGGAGAGACCCUUCAGCUGUGCCACAUGCGGGAAGGAGUUCAAGAGUAAAGACACGCUGAGGUUUCAUCAGAUGGUCCACACAAACACCAAGAAGUACAAGUGCUCCAUGUGUGAGGAGUCCUUUAAGUACGCCCACUCACUCACCGUGCACAAGAGGAAGCACACCGGCAUCUCACCGUUUGUUUGCACCGUGUGUAACAAGUCAUAUAGGACCGGAACGGCGCUGAAGAGACACAGCGUGGUCCACACUGGAGAGAAACCAUUCACCUGCCACGUCUGUGGAGCAAGAUUCAGUCUCAACAACAACCUGAAGAGACACCUGCGCAUCCACACUGGGGAGAAGCCGUUCUCCUGCCAGGACUGUGGGAAGAGCUUCUCGGAUAAGAACAAGCUGAAGUCGCACAUGCUGAUCCAUGGAGCCACCAAGCCCUUCAUGUGCGACCUCUGUGGGAAGACUUUUCUCUUCAACUGCAGGCUGCAGAUCCACCAGAAGUUUGUGCAUGAAAACAGGGAGGAAGUGGGCAAACAGACACCUCAGAGGCAGAGGAACAAGAUGCUGGACAAACCGUUCACCUGCAAAAUAUGCCUCCACACGUUCAGUGCUGCCACUUCCCUCAAGCUGCACGAGAAGGGCCACAGCGAGCACAAAGAGUUCAGCUGUGCCCUCUGCGGGAAGAGCUUCCACAACAAAUACUCCUUCAACUACCACCAGAGGAGCCACACCGGUGAGAAACCCUACGAGUGCGAAGAGUGCGGGAAGAGAUUCUUCAACGCCGGCAGCCUAAAGCAACACGACCGCAUACACACAGGAGAGAAGCCAUACAAGUGCGACCAGUGCGGCAAGACAUUCAGAACAGAUGGAAACUUCUACCGACACUUGCGGAUCCACACGGGGGAGAAACCGUUCGAGUGCAUUAUCUGCCACAAGAAGUUCCAUCAGUCCAACCAGCUGAAGGCGCAUAUGCAGAUCCACACAGGGCAGAAGCUCUACAGCUGUCAGCGCUGCAACCGUGGCUUCUCCGACUCCAGGCAGCUUAAGAAGCACAGUUGUGAUGAUGUGCUAAAGGUUAUGUGCUAGUCCCCAAAAUACAGAUGAAUAAGACGCGCUCUGAAUACUGCUGAGAAAAGAGGCAAAUAUUUUUCAGAUGUGUUAGAUAUGUAGAAGUUAAAAAAAAACAUCUGUGAUGUUGUCCCAGCAGUAGAAACGUAAAUCUCCAAGUUAUUUUUGUGAAUA